AUGUUGUGCAGUCUUGAACUUAUGCACUCGCUUUCUGUCGCAGGUUGCCUCUGCCUGCCUCCGCUGCCAUCUUGGCAAUUGUCAGUGAAAUGGUUGGGGACUGAAAUACAAAAUAAAACGGUGGAAGUCGCUAGAAACUUGCUGUGCUACGUCUGGAGGUCGACCUCCAAAAACCUCGAACCACCUUACAAGAACCCCUGCCAGAACGAUUGGCCCGAGGAGCUCAAGAAGUACGUCGUUCCGGGAGUCGUGUAUACCAAACGAGCCUGCGACGAGUACUGCUAUCAAGUGCACAUCUUUGAGACGUGCGGCUGCCGCUCCUACAAUCAUAUCCGGGUCCUGGAGCCACGCGUCAUGGAAUCACCGGUCUGUCCCGACAUGCUAAAAGGUGACUGUGAAAGGGCGGUUGAAGCUCAGAUCCUCCAGAAACUUAUCACCUGCAAAUGUCUUACUGCGUGCGAGAUUCAUUACUACGACACCUCUCCGAGCAGUCUUGCUUGGGCUAGUCACCUGGUGAAACCAGAAUACAUUCUACAGGAAGAAUCGCCGGAUCGGAAAAAAAUUCACGCCAGGAUUCAGAUCUACAUGAAGACCACCAAGGUUCUCUUGAGGCGCAAGGAGCCCAAGUCCACGGUAGCCAGUCUUUUCCGGAGCAUCGGCGGCCUGAUGGGCGUCUACUUGGGUUAUUCUUCGCUCCACAUCUUCCACGUGCUCGACGUUCUUGUCGACGGUGCCUGGUCCAGCCUCUCCAGGAUCCUGGCGCGAAGACGCCGCGACCGCGAAGCACGCCAGGAAUUUCACACUAAGUCCCUCGGCGAUGAAUAUGUACUGACCCGUUUUCAGUAAACUCUUCACUAUGUGCAA